GUAGACGUAUAACCACAUGUGUAAUUUAAUAUGAAUCAUUUCAACUUAAUCGGACUAAAAACCUAAAUUCAUCCAAUGCUUUAGGCAAAAAGGUGAUAGUUUGUUGUUUUGUUUGCUGAAUCAUGUCCUCGUCUCCGGAGCUGCGGAGUGUGUUUACUCUGUGUGCCGAUCAGACGGUGUCCUGCGGGCUGAGAGAAGUUUCUGCCCUGCUGGACCAGACUGACCCUCCACAGCCUACCCCAUACACUGAAGAUGCUGUACCGAGGAAGACCAUGUUUGCUGGUGAGGUGUCAGACAGGAUGUUCUGCUCGGCCUGUCAGUGCCCUUUUGAGAGUCGCGAGGAGCAGAUGGAGCACUAUAAACUAGACUGGCACCGCUUCAACUUGAGACAACGUCUGGAAGGAAGAUCAGCGGUCACAGUGGAGGAGUUUGAGAAGAAAACCGGCACAGGUGACAUCUCAAGCAUUUCAGGCUCAGACAGUUCAGACAGCGAGGAUGGAGAUCUUGGAGAUGAAGUGGCCCCUGUGCAGAUGGACAGUGCUCUGGAUCAGCCUCAGAGUCGACUUUCUGCCAAAGUUGUCUUCCAAAAUGCAGAGGGACAGUUCCUGUCAUUGUAUCGCUGCAUUCUGCAAAGCAAGAGAGAAAAUGAAGAAGACUUGGUUUCUUCUUUACUGAAAAUCUCCAACAACACUGUUUGGGUUAUUCUGAUGACUGGUGGGGGGCACUUUGCUGGAGCAGUUUUUAAGGGAAAAGAGAUUCUGCAGCACAAGACCUUCCACCGGUACACUGUGAGAGCGAAGCGAGGGACAGCGCAGGGACUGAGGGACUCUCAGAACCGCAGCCACACGCCCAAAUCUGCAGGCGCAGCUCUUAGGAGAUACAAUGAGGCAGCGCUGCAUAAGGAUAUUCAUGAUCUUCUGGAAAGCUGGGCAGAUUAUUUGAAGGAGGCCAGUGCCAUCUUCCUACGAGCUCCAAGUUACAACAAGACCAUAUUUUUUGGAGGUCGUGAAGCACCGCUGGACAAAAAAGAUCAGCGAAUGCGUGUACUUCCAUUUGCCACCCGUAGAGCCACAUUUAGUGAAGUAAAGCGUGUCUUUGACCUGCUCUCUACCCUACAUGUCUAUCAAAAAGAGACUGAAAUCUCCAGUAUUCUCAGUCCGUCGAGGAGAUUGUGGAAGAAGAAAACUCCUAAACCUGUUAGUCAUCCAGUACCAAACACUAAUGUGCCUGCAGAGGGAGAAGAUGCUAAAGAAGAAAGUUCAGGAGAAGAUGAUUCAGGAACACUAGAGACUGUGGAGGUGACACUGGGAACUUUGGACCUCAGAGAACAUGAGAUCUAUCCUAAUAAGAAGAAAAGGAACAAGCGGAAAGAGAAAAGAGAAGACUCAAACAUUCGAGAAAUAAAUGAAGAAAAGGCAGAUGAUGAAAAUGUGGACAAAGGUGAACUGGAAGGUGAAACUGACCCUAAAGAGAUGCAGAGGAAGUCAAGGGGCAGAAGGAAACCCAAAGGCAAAAAACGUCAGCCUGAAGAGGAUGAAGUGGAUGAGUCUUGGGAAUACAGUUUAAGAGAUGCUCUCUACACUGCCUGUAAAACUGGGGACAUCCAGUCAUUGCGCAGCCUCCUUCAUCUCCCAGAGGAAGAAGAGAAGGAAGAGUGCAGAAGAGAGAGAAACACUGAAGAGGAUCCUGCUUCACAGAUUGCAGAUCUUCUCAACAAGUCCAUAGACUCAGCAGGCUUCACUUUACUGCACGUGGCUUCAGCAGCCGGACAGAAGUCUGUCAUCAGACUGCUUAUGGACGCAGGGAGUGAUCCGGCCAGCAAGGAUAAAAAAGGACAGACUCCAUAUGGUGUUGCUCCUGAAAAGGAUACAAGAAACAUUUUUAGAAAAUACAUGGCUGAACACCCUCAUAAAUAUGACUACACUAAAGCACAGGUUCCUGGACCCCUAACCGAAGAAAUAGAGUCCAAAAAAUCAGAGAAGAAGAAAGCCCAAAAAGCAGCACGAAAGCAAAAAGAGAAAGAGCAAAAAGAAGAGAAAGUGAAGAAACAGCAAGAGGAGGAGGAAAAGAAGAGGUUCACGGCUCUCAGUGACAGAGAAAAGCGAGCUCUGGCUGCAGAAAGGAGAUUGGCUGAACAUCUAGCCACAACUGGAGGAGAGCUCAACAACAUCAGGAGAUGUUUUCAGUGCGGAGAGUCGUUGCUGGGGAAGAUUCCUUUUGAAUAUCUGGAUUACUCUUUCUGUACGCCUCGCUGUGUUCAAGCCCACCGUAAAGCCAACGCUGCUGCGCGGCCCUGACCUCUCACGUCCUCACACACAGAGCAGAGGUACUAUUGACCAGGAGAAGGUGCACUGCUAUAUUCUGGACACAUUUCAUCUCGGUUGACUGUUAGUUUUACAGUUAAUAUUUGAUGGAUCUCUCAAAGUUGGCUUGGAAAACGAAGAGACUAUGAAAUAUGACUGAAAACUGGAGAGUUAUUAAUAAAUCAUGAAUGUCAAUGAGCACACAAUAGGCAAAUUUUAGAGUAAACCAUGUCAGUGGCUAGUGUGUGUUGUUUAGUAUGUUUUUAACUUUUCAGACCAACUCAGACCAACCACUGUGAUUCUAAAAACCUGAAUCUCUAUUUAUACAUGAAAUGAGUAAAAAAAAAAAUAAAAUAAUUCAGAACUAUAAAA